AAAGAUGCUGCUGUAAAAGUGAUACCAAUAGACCACUAUAGUAGUUAUUCAUGCAUUAUAUCAGAAAAUUGCCAGAGUGUACACUGUUGUGUCAAUCUUCCAACCUUAAACACAAAAGUUACAACAGUGUUCAGAAUCAAUCAAUGUAGAAACAACUUAAGACUAGAAAUUGACAAUUUAGAUCAUGAAUUUAAGUUCUCAGAACUUUCGUAUGGUAACUUUUACACCUUUGGACUAUUGGGAAUAGUGAAUAUAAAAUAUAUUAUAGAUACACCCUCUCUAGACACAUUCAGCUUAACUCUAAAUAUAUCUGUUUGCAUGGAACCAAAUAAUGAAUGUGAAUUUGAGAUUGAGAUCUUCAGAGAUGUGGUUGUUGAUCAACAGAGUUGUGACCAAGCUCCUGGAUUCUUAAACCCAUCAUUUUCAUUAGAGGACUGGUUAUCUGGUAAAAACAUAAAAGUAGAGGACAUAACAGAUGUAACAGCAAAUGAUUUGAUGACAGAACUUGGUCUCUCUGAUUACAUGGGGUGGUCAAAUAUUUGUGAUGUCAACCUGAUGCCGUAUAAUGGAUCUGUGAAUGGAUGGAAGAAUGAAUGUGCUAAUAUAACAGCACCAUCAAUCAAACUGAAUGAGAGCGUUGUAUGCCACAUUACUGAGACUUGUGAUAGAGUUACCUGCUGUGCUGACAUUCCUGUUCUUAAAAGAUAUGUCUAUGCAUCUGUCAAUCUCAGAACGUGUGAUUAUUUACUUGACGUAGACCUUGAGGAAAACCACUUUGAAUUCAACUUGAUCAAUUAUGAAUGGGGUAAACAAGAGAAGGUAGAGAUUCAUGGAGUGCUGCAGCUGGUAUAUGCUAUCCAUCACAUUCCUUCCCUAAAGUUAUUCUCUAUGGAUAUGAAAAUCAAGGCAUGUUUUGAAGGAAAUAGUUCUGUUUGCUUGUAUGACUACACAGUUAUGGAGAAUUCCCAGCUUCUGUACUCAGAGUGUGAUCAGACUGUUGAAAGAGCUCCAUUCAAAGGAAUUUCUUUUGAUCUCUGGCAGCCGACAGAAUGUGCAUUACAAACCUCACCAUCUAUAUGCAGUUUUUUUUUAUUUGGUUAUAUGUCAGAUGAAUGCUCUUUCACCCCUGACUGUCAAGGAAUAACAUGUUGCCUUCCAAUCAAAUUUAUCAAUGGACAACGGAUGACCAACAUUACAUUUCACUUCAUUUCUUGCACUGAGUUAGAAUAUAGCAUUGAAAGAAAAGUUUGGCAGAAAAGUCUUGAAAUAGAUAAAGUAGUGACAGAGAAUAUAGGUGACACUUUCCAGUAUAACUACAGCUUAACAUCAGGAUUUGAUUCAUCAAAAUAUGUAGUUACAGUAGAUUUACAAGUUUGUUACCAGGCUGAUGGAUUUUGUAGGACCUACAUAUUAGUGGAUUCUAUGUAUAUUGCAUGUUCAUCACUUAUUAAGAAAAAGAGACGUAGAAGAGCUACUACAGAGCCCAAGGUUUCAGAUUUCAAACCUGGUAUGAGAAUUCUAUUGAAAAGAAAGGCUUCUUCAAAAGAAAUAAAAGAAUACAUUGACAAAGUGAAAGAAUAUGAGCUGAAUUUGGUGCAACAAAAUCUUAAAGGAGCUGUGCUGCCUGACACUGACACAAAAACAGGUUCUAAGUCUGCAAUGAAGGCCCUUGGAUGGAACAAUCCUGCUACAAUUCCAUUAUCAGUUGACACACAAGCAAGUGAAUCAGUUACUGGAGAUGAAGUUAUUCAAAGCAUGUUAGGGGCCACAUUUGAUAUACCAGGGAGGAAUAAACAAACAUUUGUUGUUGGACAUGGUUUGACAAAUGCAGGAGUUAGACUUCUUGGACAGAAGCUGGCUAACAUGACUAUUGGAGAUAUAGAAAAUCUGCUAGAUGUGAAGAAUGUAGAUCCAGUUGAAGUAUCAAAACUGAUUGAUGAACUUAGAGAUUUAUUUAAAGCUUUGUUAUCAGAGUUUUUGACAGAGAUAGUUGGAGGAGAUUCAGAUUUUUUCCAAUCAGAAGAUCUUGAUAUGUUGGGAGAAGUUCCAUUGCCAUCUGUUUCAAAAACUGUGGAAUUUGGUUCAAAAAUGACCAUUGCUUCAAUUGUUACUUUGAGUUUUAAAGUUGGUGCUGGUAUAUAUUUUGGUGUUGAUUUGAAAGUAGGAGUAAAUAUUUUGGGAAUGAAGGGAAUAGCUGAGAUUACACCAUAUACUGGGAUAAUGGUUUACGGAGAAGUAGGAAUUGGAAUUUUGAUCAUUUUUGCCAAUUUAAGACUUGAGGGAUAUAUAAUGGAACUGAGAUUUCCAACCAGAGGAGAACUGAUAUUCAAGAAAUUUCCUCUGGAUGUUGGAAUUGUUAUGGACCUAGUAAUAAUACCGAUACGAAUUAAGCUGAAAGUGUUGAUAACACUUGAGAUAUUUUUCUCAUUUACCUUAUACAAAGCAACCUUAUGGGAGUAUUCAUCUCCAAGUAUAGCACAAAACAUCCUAAACAACAGGAAGGAAGAAAAAGAUGACACCAGUCCAGUUAUUACAGAGUUUAUUGACAAACCAGGCACUGAAAGGAAGCGUUCCACAGCAAAUUGUUUGGUAAGACAAAUUCUUGAUCAGGAUUACACAGAGCCUCAGUUUGAAAUUUCUAUCCAUGCUGGCGAUGACAGAAGUGGUGUCAGGUUAUACCUGGAUGUAGGAACUGUACCUGGUGGUAGAGAUGUAUUAAACACUAGAGAAUUGGCAGGACCUGCAACAAUAUUGUCAGAGGUUUUAAGAGCAUCUGGUGUUCCGCUGUAUUUUACUGUAACUGCUGAAAAUGACUCUGGUCAAAAGUCCACAGCUUCAUGUGACCUAUAUACAUAUGAUAUAACACCACCUGGUGGCAGAUUUGAUGAAGAUUACAAGACCACCAGUAACCCAUCAGUUAUUAAAGCUUCAGUGACAGUUUAUGAAGAUUCAGAGCUUGUAGAAACAAAAGUGGCAAUGGGAUAUGGAAAAGACAUAUGGGGUGAACAGAUUGUCCAAUGGAAUGAUGUUGAACUUGACCAAAGCACUAUAAAUCAUAUUACAGCAGAGUCUGAUCCUCUUAAUCGAAAGGUAUUCGGGAUGUUCACUAGCCCACGCACAGGAAAAUUAGUUGGACCUAAAGCAGGCAAGGAUUCUUCCCAACAUUAUCCUGGAGAUUGUGCCAGAGCAUGUGUUGAAUUACCUCCAACUAAAUGUAUGAGUUUUAAUUUUGAUUCUGCAGAUGGAACAUGUGAACUUGUUGAAGCAAUAGAGGGAUACCAUUUUAAAAGAUCCAGAUCAGGAUAUUUUUCCCAUUAUGAAAGAUUAGGUGUUGGGAAGACGAAACAGUUCAACUUUGACCAGCUGCAGUUACAACACAACACAAUUUACUUUGUGAAUUUCCUUAUUAGCAAUUAUCUUGGAUAUACAUCUAUAAUCAACACUCAAGGUGUCCUUGUUGAUUUGACUACACCAACCACAGGAGAUAUUAGAAAUGCCAGUAGAGACAACCUUCUGCGUGUUGACUGUUUGUCUAUCAUUCCCGAGGUACACAGACCUGAUUGGAUUAUUCGUUGUGAAGGGAUGAAUCCUAAUAUAAAAAAUCACAGAUUGAUAGUAGAUGGCCCAGGCUCCACAGCAGUUUUCAAUGGCUUGGAGCCAAAGACAGAUCUCCUGUAUACAAGACACAACACAUAUAUCUCAGCUAACUGGGAUGGAUUCAUAGAUAGAGAGAGUGGACUGUUGGGUUAUGCAGUAUUUGUUGGAAAGAGUGUCUGUGAUGAUUUGAUACAUCCACAUUAUGAUCCACACAAACAUCUCUUUGAGGUAUCCCAGUGGACUCAUACUGCUACAAUUUAUCCUAUUCCGGCUCCAUAUGAAACACUGCCAGAUUACAAACCUGAUAAAUGA